AUGUGCCUACUAACCCCGCAAACCUUCUCGUGUAAGCACGAGACCCAACACUUGGUACGCUGCGAGCAUUUCUACCCCACAAGAGAUGGACCUCGCUGCCACGGGAUCAAUCCCCCCAUUCUCCCGAAUGAGGAUGUAGAUCUUCCUUGCUCGAAAUGCAAAGACCGGAUUCGAGAUCUCUUCCGGCAGGCCGAAGAGAUCGAUGAACGGGCUCUGGGGCUUGCAGUGCGCGAACAUCAAACUAGCAUCCAUGCUAGAGCACUGUUUCCCCCAACAGACAGUCGGCGAAGAUGGCUUUUCCAGUUCGCACCAAUCAACGAUGCUGGCAACGAGCUUCUAGAGACUCUCACUCGUUACCAUCAAGACUACACUAGGGCAAACCCGGAUGCAUUCAACCCACGUAACGUGCCGCAUUUUAUUAGUACUUGGACGGCCAAGAUAGUUCAUAUGCGGCUCCAAAUAUCCUAUGAUUCUCACAGGAUAUCGACAAUCGAGCACACUCAACUGAAAACAUUGUCGGACGGUACGCUUCCAGCAAUGGGUCCAGAAGACCUGGAGAAGAGAAAAUGGCUCUUCCUUGAGUUUCUCGCCUUAAAUGACUGGCAAAUGUGUCAGAUGUUUAAGGGGCUGACCGAAGAUGAGAUCUUUCAUAGGGUCUUACCUUAA